AUGGAUUAGAAUAUACAAUUGAUACAAGUAUGCUCAAAUGACGAGAUCCUUAUUUAAUGCAGUGACUUGUUCCUGAGUUCGGAUGGAUUUUAUCCCCCUUUCAUAAAAAUGAAAUCUCAAUUGCAAAUAGAAAAUAUGAUAUUUCAUAUCUUUCCAGUUUAAUUUGAUAACGACGACAUCCAGAAACUCAAUCAAUAGGAAUAUAUACAAUACUCACAAGAUAUAGUAAUACAAUUAGCUAAAUCUAAUAAAUUUAUUUGUGUUAUUGUGCAUAAUGACAAAUAUAUACUCUCCUUAACUAAUAAUAUUGAUAGAACAACACUUUUCAGAAUAUAGCCUUGUUAUAAAUCUUAAAUUUAAAAUUCCAAUAAAGUUUCAUUUGAUGAUGAUAUAUUUUUGAUGUAUUCUCCUGAAAAUAUUACAUUGUAAACUCUAGAAUAAUAAUCAGAUCUAUUUGUAAAUGUGAACGAGAAUGUGAAACAAACUUCCGAUUUUAUAAUCUCAACAACCAAAUAAACCACAUUCUAAUUGAAAAAGCAUCUCAAAGAUAAUUAAUCUACUUCAUUUUGCUAUGGCAGCCUAAUUAAAAUUAAAUAAAUCGAAAGAGACUCUUAUUUAGAGUUGACUACCAAUGAAAAUAUUCAAUAGAAUCCUCAAAACAACAACUUACAUAUGACAGAUGUGCAAACUCAAUAUUAGCGAAUUUACUCAAAAAAUAAGACAAUCUUUUGGAGAUCGGGUGAAAGAAAUUAAUAAAAUAUAGAUUUAUUAAUCUAUGAUAUAUGGAGACUGUAUCAUCCUUAAAAGAUCAAUUAAUAGAUCAAAUAAGGAGAUUAAUUUUAUCUAUAAAAUUUGUCUGGCAAUUUCUAUUUGAAUGGAGAUUAGAUUUGCUAGAAUUAUUAAGAGGCUUCCCUCUUUUCAUUAAUUGAAGAAGAGAGCAUCAAUAACAAACUCUUUUACAUUCUUUGGAAUAAUCAAUAUUUGAGUUAUAAAAUUAUUAAUGAAAAUAAUUUUAAUUAGAUUCAGGAUAAACAAUUGGUCGAAUACAAAUCAAAAAAAUCUAAAUUAGACUUAUUACAAUUUGAUCUCAUUUCAAAUGUGGAUUUCGUCCACUAAAAUUGGUUAGACAAUAUAGUUCAUUUGAUUUAUCAAAUAAACCUUAAAUAUUAGUUGCACUACGAUGAUAUCAAUUCAUUUAUCAAGAAUUAAUCAAUUAAUGAUGGAAAAUUUGAUGAACUCUUCUUUGAAUUAUAGUAAUUGGAAAUUGUAUUGAAUGAUCUUACUAUAUUCUGUGUUGCCGAUGAGGAGAAACCAAAAAUAAUAGAUAAAAAUGCAAUUUAUUAUUUGAAGAUGAAUCAAUAUAAUUAGGAUUUACUAAGAAAAAAGGUUAUUGUUUAAUCCCUCAUUGAGUUUAUUGAAAUUGUGAAAUGGUCAUAUGAUUACACCUAAAUUAUUGAGUAAAAUAAAAUCGAAUCCAACAAUGAUAUACCAAUAUAAGAGCAUAAUAUUCAAUUCUUAUUUCAAUUAAAUACUAUUCUUAACUAAACAUUCCUUUUUUUUGAAGCCUUUAGUUCAAACAAUGAUUAUAACAGUCAAAUAAUAUUUUUAGCCUACUUUAAAUUAAAACAAUAUUUAGGAUACAAUGUUGGAGCAUUUUAUUGUUUGAUUAGACUAUUUGAGAACAAUUCAAAUCUAAUACCUGUUGCAGGUAUAAUGCCUUUUAUUGGAGAAUCUGAAAAGGAGUUUGAUUUGUCGUUAAUCAAACGCUCCACAAGAAUCAACACCAUCUUAACUAAACAAUAAAAUUAAACAAAAUCUUAAACAUUAAUUGAUGAGAUUUUUGAAAGAGCAAAUUAUUGUCUCUAAAUCCUAAAUAAAAGAUUCUGGGGUAAUAUAAUGAAGAUAUUAAGUGUUCUAUGCUUACAAAAUGAUAAAGCAUGCUUCAAUAAUUAGAUUAAUAUAGGUAAGCAUAUUAUCAAAGGGCCAAAAAUACUAUUAUAAAUUUUUAUUAAGGAAGAUAAUCUAAUAUAUGUUUAAAUAGAUGAUAAAUUGUAUGAGUUGAACGAAAUUUAUGUUUAGAACAGCAAGGCUAAUAAAGAUUUCAUGAAGGACAUCAUAGAAUGCAAGAAUUUCUUAGACUCCCAGUUAAAUCUCAUAGGCUUGUUAUGUUAGGAAAGGAAUUAUGAGAACAUUUAGUUUUAUAGGACGAAGCUACCAUAAAAGACACUAAUCAAUUAUAUCAGUUAUUCAGGAAAUGCUGAAUCAUUAAGAUGCAGAUUAAUUAUCAUUUUAAUGAAUCUAUAUGUUGAUUGUUAUCCAUAUCAACCUAAGUAAAUUCCUAAACUUAUAUUCAAUCUAAAUAAAUUAUAUGGUUCGGUUCAAUAAUCUAAUGGAUUUAAUGCUGAGGCCUCAUCUUUAGAAUUGUAGGAAUUUUAGAAGUAGUCUUUUCAUAAAUAAUUAACAAGAUAAUUUACAAUAAAUGACACCAAAGCUAUUGAAAAAUUGCUUACUAUUACUUAAGAAUUAGUUAAACUUAAUUUAAUCUAGUAGAAUUAAAUCAAUCUCAGUUUAAGUGUUUGUAAAAUCUUAUAGAUGUUUUACAAAUUGUAUACUUUCAAUCUCCCAUAAAAUAAAGAAUUUCAUGAAAAAUACUUUGAUGUUAAUUUAUUAAUAUAAGCCUAUACCUUAUUGCCGUAAUCAUUAGAAUAAAAUCAACCUUUAUAAGAAUAAGUUCAACAGUUCCAACAAUUUUAAGAAUAAAAGGAAAUAUUUAAUUAGAUGUCCAUAAUUUUAAUUGAUUUCUUACAACUCUAUUUUAAACAAAAGGAAACUAAAAUUUUAACUUCGAUUAUUAAAACAUCAUAAUAAUUUGAUUAUCUUGAUUUUUCAUAGUAAUAUAAUUACAGUCGCUAUGAAAAGAUCAAAGAGAACACAUUUCUUUUAUUGAAACAUAAGUAAUCAUAAACUGAAACAUAAUUAAAGGCUUUUAAUUUGACGGAAUCUCUAUAUUAACCCAAAAGGAAUAUUAUUAAACGCCUGUAAAAAUGCCUAUUUUUGGAAAACUAAGAAGAAGUGUUAAAAUAUUAAUUUAUAAAGUCUAUGAUUUUGCAAUUGAAAGAAUUAGAAAGUGCUGAUGAAAAGUAGUAAUUAUAUCAAAAUUGCAUCAAUUCCUUAAUAAAUUUAAAUCAAUUGUUAAAAAAAGCAGAAAAUUUAUUAUUGCUAUAAAAGAUUUUGAGAAUUUUGAAUGUAGAUUUUAUACUUUUGGAUUUUCUGGAAAGUUAUUAAUAAAUUUGUUAAGUAAUUACCCAAAAAUUCAAUAAAAGCAACAAUGACAACAGAUACAUUUUAGAAAUUAACAACGAAGAGGAGUCAAUACUGCAAUUUUGCACAUAAUCAUUCAUAAUUUUAAAGUAUUAAUGUAAUGGGAAUAAUUAUAAUAAACAAAGAAUUCUAAGCAAAUUUAAUCAGUUCGAUGAAUUUUUGAAAUGCAUAGAUUUAGGACAAUAUGAUUUACUUUAAGAAAUCUAUUCUGAAUCAUAUGAGAAUAUUGAGUCAGCAAGUAGUAGGAUUAUUUACCUGCUCUUGGAUAAUUUGAACUUUGGUUCCUUGAAAGUGUUGGAAUCAUUAGUCAUUUAAUAAAAUAUAUCCAGCAGUAAGAAUCUGUUCGAAAUCAUAUAAUAAAUUUAAAAUAGUAAGAAACUUAAAUAAUAACUUGGAUUUUAAGAUAAUCCACUAGAUAAGAUCCUUUCAUAGAACAAAUUUUAAACAUUUUAGAAGUAAUUUUUAAUUGGAAAUAUGCCAUACACUUUUUAAAUAUAAGGUAUUCAAUUUGUAUUGUAUUUACUCAAAUAUUCCAACCCUUAAGGUUGUAAAGUGUUGGCUGAUUCAUUCCCUUUGCAGUAGGUUAUUAAAUAUUGCACUUAAUUAAAGGAUAUAUUCAAACCUAAAUUCGAAGAUUUAAAUUUAGCAAUCUUGAAUACAAUUUUAAAAACUUAGCUCAUUAAACUAUUUAAUGUGCUUUUAAAUUAUAAAGAAAUCAUCAAGUAUGAUGAUGAAAUUCAAUAAACUAUUGUUUUAUUCAUAGAUAAGGAAACUAAGGUAUUUGAAAGCAAAGUAGUUGUGUUAGAUCCUAAAAUGAAAUCUACAAAUGAAGCACAAAAAAUAUAUGAUUACAUUGAUUCCAAUUUUAAAUUCAAAAUACAAAAAUAGUAAAAAGAAAAUUAGUAAUUGUUUUAAUAAAUUCAAUCUGGAUCAGAGAAUGACAGUGAUGAUAGUGACUCAAAGGAGGAUGAGUAAUUAUCAGAAUGUUAAAAGUAAAUGGCAUGCUUUUCAUUAUAACAUAAUUUUAAUUGCCUCUAUUUUAAUGAUUAUGCUAUGCUAUUAUUGAAUGUUUUUCUGAACUUGGCUCAAUUAAUAUAAGAAUAAAUUGAGAAUUUUGAAGAGUCAAAAUCUAAACCUGGGAGCAGGGCAUCUUCAACUUUGGCAAGACAAAUGAGUUUAUCGUAAGCAUUUGCUGAGAGUAUUGCCAAUGACAUGAAUCAAAGUGUGAAAUUGAAACCAUUUCAUAAUUUGAAAGUCAAAAUUGAUUUAUUUUUGAAAUAAAUAGAGGAAUAUUUAAAAGCUAAUUUAACGAAAUGGGAAAUUAUAGAAAAUGGACACUUUUUAAUAGAAAAAUCAUAAUAAUUGAAAAUACUAUUUUUAAGAAAAUUGGAAUUUCAAAAUUGCAAUCUUGAUUAAAUUGAGCAACAAAAAAAGGAUCAAGUUGUUGAUCCAUACUGUUCACCAAUUUAUUGUAAUGAUAAUAGAAUUCAUGAGUUGAAUUUAUUGAAGAACAAGUCUGAAAACAAAUUUAUUGACAAAUAAAUUAAUAGUUUUUUUAUAAAUGAAUAAAUCUUGGCAAUAGAAAAUUUUGAUAUGUACUUUUAAAUCUACAAAUAAUAAUUAUUUAUGAAUGAGGAUUUCGAAAUAAUAAGUGAAAAUUUCUCAAAGCCUAUUGUACCUUUGAUUAAUUGUUUUUCAUCCAGUAUGAACAAUUUAAACAAGAAUUUUAAGUCUGCCAAAAAGAUAUUAAAGUUUUUAUGGCACAUGCUGGACAUCCACACCUAUAUUAGAGAUGAUUAUAUUUAGACAGUUAAGGUGUAUGAGUUGAAUAAAAAGGGAAAGUAUCAUUCUAAGAGUGAAUAGAUUCUACAAAUAAAAGCAAUAAAAGCUUUUCAGAAUUUACUUGUGAACUAAGGGUUCUUUGAAAUCUUUUUGUAAUUUUGUAAUUCAUAUGAUAAAAUAAAGAUUGUGCAAUAAUCAGAAUUGUUUUUAUUGAAUAAGAAAAAGAAAGAGAAAUUAUUAUAUCAAUUUUUAUUAACUUCAAUAAGAUUAGUCAGAGGAAUUGAAUCUGCGAAUUAAUUUGCUUAAUAAAAACUAAUGCAAGAGAUCCUGAAAACUAAAAGCAAUUACAUGUUAAAAAUAUUUACUAGCAUUUUUGAAAGAUAUCAAUAGUAAGAUGAAACAUUAAAAUUGCGAUCUUUAAUCUAACAUGAUAUUAAUCGAGUGUAUUUGGCAUAUGAAUUCAAUGAAAAUCAUAGAUUAGAGUAGAAAAAGAAUGCGAUGAAAUUGGGUAUUUUGUAGGUUCAAAUGAAAUUGAUUUAACUAUUAGCUGAGGAUCAUUAUAGACCAUUCUAAGAUUUCUUUAGAGAAUAAAUUGGAUUUGCUUAGAAUUAUGAUAUCAUUUAACAUCUGAUGAACAUUUUGUUGAAUUUCUUCAAUUAAGAAUCCUUUUAUGCCUUAAGUCAGGAUGAUUACAUUUUGAUUUUAAAUUGUUUUGAUUGUCUUAAAGAAAAUAUCUAAGGGCCUUGUCCUUAAAACUAAGAAAAGUUAUGUUAACCUUAGUUUUUAAGGUUAUGUGGUAAACUAUUGGGAUUUGAUGAUUCUUAAAUUAAGUUCUUGAAUCUCUAUCAAAGAUUCAGUAAAAUUGAUUAAGCUUUAUUGAAUUAGGAUAAAGAACGAUCAAGACUGUAAACUUAAGAACAAGUCAGAAAGAUUAAUAAUCUUCAAGAUAAAACAAUCAUUUAGUAAUAGAUUAUUUAGUAUUAUAUCUAAUGUCCAAUCUAUUGUAAAUAAUUAGUCACAUCAUUUAGAAAAAGCAAUUCACUGAACUACAAAUUGUUUAUGCUAUCUGAAAUCAAAUACAGAUGUGCAACAACAUUGGAAUCAUUGACUGAUAAUGAGUAAAAUGAAUCAGAUAUUUUAAAGAGAAUUUCAAUGAUUAUCAAUGAGAAGAUACUGAUUCGUAAUAUAACAAUUUAAUAUGAGAAAUACAAAAUCUUGCAUGGUUCUGGUAAAAAUUACACAAACCUUGUGUUUUCUCACUUGUUAGGGGAAGAUGCAAAGAAUAUUGAAUAGGAGAAGGAGAGAAAGAAGAAUAUAUAAAGACGAAAAGUGUAAAUAAAGGAUAGCAAUACUUAUUGGUAUUAGGUAGAAUAGGAAGUGACAGUGGAAUCAGCUGUAAAAGACUUUUGGGACUCCUUUAUAAUAGAGACGGGAUUCUCCUUAUUUAAUCUUUUAGCCCAAGUAUAUUAGAUGAAGGAUUAAGAUGUACAAUACGAAAACUUAGAAAAAGAAAUAUAAAUCUAUAGUCUUUUAUAAUCUCUACAAAGCAAUAUUUUAGGCUUCGCAAUUAACAAAGUAUUUAAGUUGUUAUUAUUAUUUAGAAAUAUAAGGCAGCUGUAAUAAAGUGCACAACUUAGUGACAAAAUUUUUAAUCCUUACAAGUUAAAGAAAGCAUCAGGUGAAUAGGAGGCUCAAUAGAAGAAAUUAGGUUAUAGAGCUUUAAGGUUCUUUGCAACGAGAACAGGAUCUAUUGAAAUACUGUUACCAUCGAAAUAACUAAAAAAAGUGAUGUUUCCAUUGGUUCCUCAUUGUUUUGCUCUCAACAAUGUAAUUAAAGAGAAAUUUGCUUCCGAUAUUGAUAGAUUAUCUUAAUAGAGGAAGGUUGAAUCAGUUUUGUCGAAUUCUUCUCAUAUAAUUUAGAAAUUAAAAACUGAAUAUAAAUUUUAAGCCUUAUACAAAAAGAAUUUUGUGAUAAAUUUAAACUAUGGAAAUAAAUAUAUAUUUUUAGUAAUAGUGUUAGAAAAUCUAAUGAUCCUAUUCUCAAGUGAUUCUAAUUUAGAGAAGAUAUUCGGAGAUAUUUUGUUUGGAUUAACAAUUACAUAAAUAAUUUUGUAAUUCCUAUGUUUUUUUAUCUUUAUAGUGAAAAAAUUGCCAUAUUUAAGAAUAAAAUCAUAAGAGAUUGUGUUUGAAAAGCAAAUAAAUAGAAUUAGAAUGAGAGAGAUUAAAUAUAAAUAUUUGGAUAAUUCUCAAAGCAUAGUACUUCAAGAGGAUUUUGUUUUAGAGAAGACUGACUCAUUCUUAUUGGAAUAGAACAAAUGGCGGAGACUCUAUUUUAAUAUAACAGAUUACUUAACAUUAUAUAAGUGCAUCCUGUUGGAUUAUGAGAUGAUCUACUUCUUAAUUUUUACAACCCUAGCCUUUAUUGGACUGUAUGUGAAUAUAGUUUUGGCAUUGUUGCUAUUGGACGUGUUUUGGAGAUUCCCAACGUUGACAUCAAUUGUGAAUGCAAUUUGGAGACCUAGUGGAUCAAUCUUAUUGGUACUCUCUUUGUACAUAAUAAUGUAAUACUAUUAUUCUCUAAUCGUUUAUCAUUAUUAUGCAGAUCAAUACACACCAUAUUGUGAAAACUUGCUCUAAUGUUUCUCUUUCAUAUUAGAUGUCACAUUCAAGACAGAUGGUGGUUCUGUUGGUUUUGUUUCCUCUAGUGAUGUGUAUGCAGACGAGAACUACAGAUACAGCAUCCUGAAUUUUUGGGAAUUCGUUUAUGUCUUCGUUGUAAUUAGUUUGUUAUACUCUAUAAUUACUGGUAUCAUCAUAGAUUCAUUUGGUGUGUUGAGAGAUGAGGCUGAAGAACUGGAUAAUGAUAUCAAAGGAUUUUGCUUGAUUUGUGGGAUAGAUAGAGGGACUUUGGAGAAGAAGGCGAAACACAAGAAGGGAUUUAGAUUUCACGUUAAAUAUGAGCAUUGCGUUUGGAAUUACAUCUUUUACAUUUCCUAUUUGGAGGAUAAAAAGAAAUCAGAUUAUAACGGAAUUGAAAGUUAUGUAGAUUCAGAUUUGAAACGAGAGAGUAUCAAUUGGUUCCCCAUUAAUAAGUCACUUUCCAUACCUGAUGAAGAGGAGGAGCAGGAGGAACUGUCGAAUUUUAAACAGACAAUAGAUGAUAGAUUAAUAGAAAUUUAUAACAAAAUUGAUUAACUUAAAGGUUGA